AUGCCUUCACGACUAUCAACUCCCGUUCUUACGGUAGACACCGCGAAGAUUCACAAGGUGGACACCGCAAACACACAGAGCCUCCACGGGAUGUGGAUGGUAUUCUCGAAAUGCGCAGAUUUCAUGGAGGAAGGACGCCGACUAGAGAACCUGAGCUGGAGACUUUGGACUCGCGAGACGUUUUGUGUUGAACCUGAGAGUUCAAGUGAUACCUCGGUUCUGCCUUUGCUCCGUUCGGAGGCCGCCGAUUUGCCGGAAUUGUCGGCCAGCGUGGAAUCAGCUGCUUCAGACCAGGCGGAACGGAUAGAAAAGCACAUCAAGCGACCCAGAGACUUGGACUACAAGCCUGCUGUAGUUCGCGAGGACUCAUUCAACCUUGGCCGGGCUAAGGAGAAGCAUCUCACGUCAUUGGACCUGGAGCGUAUGGUGUUGAACAUCAAGGAGAAGAAAAGCUUGGAACCAAUCUCCCCGGUGGCAACUUUGGCUCAGCCCAUUGUCGACAUCACGCCUCAAACCUCUACACCGACUCCGACCCCUCCCUCGAACAAAACCCUCAAGCGACCAUCGUUCCCUCUUGACGAGCGACAUAAGCAUUCGACAGAGUCCUGCUCAACCACUGCCCCCGACGGCAAUGACAGUGACGCUGCUAAUAUGAACAUCACUGGCUCAGACACUAGUGUUUCAUCUUCGGGUAUCCUUCCGUCGAAGCCUCAAUUGAUCAAGUCUCCCAGCAUCGUCCGCGGUUUCUCCCCUUCCCAGAUCUCCUCUUCAUACCGGUCCCAGGCGCGACUUUCGAGCGAUUCGCCUGCAAAGACCCAAGUUCCAGCCAAGCUUUCUCCAUUGAAGAAAAAGGGCACCAUGUUUACGUUGGGUGGCUCUUCUGGAGAUGAUGACGAGAGUUCGUUUGAGGAUCGCAUGAUGCACGCUCCCCAACGUAGCUCCCUCUCGGAUCAACUCGAAAAGCGGCCAGGCAGCAAUCUGAACCCUAAGAAGACAACGUUCAAGGAGCAGGUGGGAAACCUCAAAUCGAUGAAAAAUCGCCGGGAAAAUAACGAUGAGGACGCCAUUGAGACUGAUGACGAUAUCUCUGAGAGUGCUAUCGAAGACGACGAGGAUUCGGAUUGGGAAGAUUCUAUCACUGAGAGUGGUCGCUCUAGCGUUGACGAGAGGGAUAUGUUCCAGCGGGUGGAUUCGCGACCGAAUUUGGUCUCGCGCCGCUCGCUUCUGACUAUGAUGAUGCACCAACCCCUCAGAAUGGGAGAUGCCUCGCGGUCUACUCCGGCUCUGCAGCGUUCGCGCCUUACUUCACCCAACGGUCCUUCGAUCCCCGCCUCGCCGCCGGAUGACGACGAGGAGAACCUGACGAUGAAGGGCCCUGGUGUCCCUCGGUCCAGGCCGAUCAUCAUGAAACCCACUCCUCAGUCUGUCGCGCACUCCCCACGAACGACGCGCCGGAACAUGUUGGCUACGGAGCUGACAGAAUCCCUUCGCCGCCACCUCCUGUGGGAGCGACAGCAAAAGAGCGCGACCGCCAAUGCAUUCAAGCGGAGGCAUACGACUCAGGACCUGAAAAACCUGAAAGAGUACCCUGCGCCGCAAAGCCAGCAGAACGCGGUGGCGUCCUCUAAUGGAGUUGAUAAAGACGCCGCAAAGACGGGAUCUUUCAACCAUUACACUGAUUUUGGGCCUUGGGAAUACCACGCGAAAGGGUGGUAG